CUCUUUUUUUUUUUUGGAUGGGAGCCUGAGUCAAAGUAUGUGGAGGUUUUUUUUUUUGUGAUGGGCAGAGCGGCUUGUGAGCAAAUGUUAGAAAAGGGGCUUUUUAUCCUGUCGGAGCAGAGAGGGAAGUGGGAUGUGGAUGAGAAGCUCCAGCUGAGGAUUUGGGAGAAACUCUUUCACAACCCGGGCACCUCUCAAAGUCUUACCCUCUGCCAUGGGACCUGGUACCAGAGACAUAGGAAUUCCCUAACUGCCGUCUUGGUGAGAUGCAACUGCCUCAUUCAGCAACUGUCACACUCCUGUAAUAUACAGUCCCACUAUAAAGGGGGCUCUCAGUCGAUAAGGUAGACGUCGGGUGCAGAUAACGAUGGCUUUCCAAGAUGGCUGCCAAUACAGUUCCCUGUCUGUGACAUUCCAGCGACUGCGCAUCAUCCAAGUAGACUCGGUACGACGUUGGAUGGAUGACCUGAAGCUGAUGACGGAGUGUGAGUGUAUGUGCAUCCUCCAGUCCAAGCCCAUUGGGAAGGAAGAGGACUCCCAAAGUGACCUGUUGCUCUCCUCUCAGGGCACGGCACCCAGCAGCCUGGAGAUUCUACUGAAGAGAGCGUGGAUUGUAAGCACCGAGCUCACAAAAAUAGUGGAGAAGCUGAUGAAGAGCAGAUGGAGGAGGCUGCACAGUAUGGCCAUCCGAAUCAGCUGCCACGUGCGCUCAAUGCUCAAAGAGUAUCACAGCUUCAACCGCACCUCAACGGAGGAAAUGCAGAAGUAUGAGAUGUUACUAAUGGACAAGUGCUACGAGCUGACUGAUGUUACUGAAAGGUGUGCAUUGACAGAGGGGGAUGAUGCCCACCCGUCCAUCAAACUGUCCAUUAAUGAGACUCUCACAUCUGUUGGGCAGUAUUUUAGUCAACUGAUAAAUCUUGCUUUGACUCAGGAAAUAAAGAGCCUGGUUGCGGAGCUGGAGGCCUGUGAUAACAUCUAUAGCAUGGAGGGUGCAAUCUGCAGUUUAUACAGUCUCACCCAAGAAGGCUCUCGGCUCUGCAGUCUGGUUGCCCAGGAAGAAGCCGUGGUGGCGCUGUUUAAGAUCUGCCGGCAAGAUUGCUUCCGAUGUCUCCAUUCGCCAGCGCUACGGUCAUUGGCUUCUCUGUGCAGCGUGGAGGAAGGUCUCUGCCAGAUGGAGAAGGUGGACGGGAUCUUGUGUCUGACAGAUAUGUUGACGGAUGAGACUCAGCCAGAAGCAACGAGAGCAGAAGUGGCAGCGGUUAUAGCCCAGAUCACGUCGCCCCAACUCCCUUUCACCCAACAUCUCAGCAGCUUCCUGGAAAACAUGGAGGAAAUUGUGACCGCUCUGCUGAGACUUUGUAAAGAGGCUUCAUGUGGGGAAGUCUGUCUACUGGCCUCAGCCGCGCUCGCCAACAUCACCUUCUUCGAUACGCUCGCCUGCGAGAUGCUUCUUCAGAUGAACGCCAUGAAAAUCCUGCUCAACGUCUGCACCGACAAACAGCGGAUUGACACAUCGUUUGCCAGAGACCAAAUUGUGACAAUUCUGGCCAACCUGUCGGUUCUGGAUCAGUGCGCCCCGGAAUUUGUUCAAGGAAACGGCGUCGCCACUCUGAUGGAAAUGCUGUCUGAGAAAUCCGCUUCUGGGAGAUUGUCGGAAAUCUCAUCCUGUGAGCGCGUCCAGCAGAAAGCCGCUGUCACCCUCGCCCGUCUGUGUCGGGAUCCCGAGGUCGCCCGCUGUGCAAUAAAACAGAAUUGUAUCCCCCGGCUCAUCCAACUUUGCCGUUCGCCAGAGCAGAGACAUAACAGCGACGCCGUCCUCGUUGCCUGUCUGGCUGCUCUGCGGAGACUGGCGACCAUGUGCCCUGAGGGUCUAGAAGAUUCCGAUUUCAAACAACUGGUGAAGCCACGACUUGUUGAUUCUUUCCUUCUCUGCUCAAACAUGGAGGAGAGCUUCGUAUAGGAGAAAGCCGGCGGGUUCCCAUAUCACUUGCACUAAGGAGAAUAUUCUGUAAUGAAUUCAAUGGCGUCGGUGCCGGGAGAAGGACCGGACAUCAUUGCCGGGUGCCACCCAAGUGUCUCAUUUGUACCACACACUUUUAUAUCAACUUUAUAUUGGUUUUUAUGGGUUUCAUUUUGAUCUGGAAACAUUUUAUACUAAGAACAAAAACUUUGGGGUGAGGUUGAGUGUCAUGGCCAACGUUGGCUCAAGGUCUAUUCUUGCCCCAUUCUUUACUUUCCCUUUAAUUCCCAUUUUGUUCUUGAUGAACUGUGCUUAGUACAAGGGACUCAUGCUUAGGGAAAUGCCUAAAAUUCACAUGGGGUGUAGAAAUCCCAUUAUAACUGAUAAAGUUGGGGUAACGCUGUCUGGAUCCUGGUCCAGUUGAGCAGACACUGGAUAUAAGUCAAACGGACCUUACAAAUCUGCAUUAGGCUAUUAAUCAUCAUUGUAUUAUAGUGGUGCUAUUGGUACCUACCCAUGUCCUCACCUCUUGGACUCCAGGCUCUCUGCACAAAACUCUCCUUCACAUUUCCACCAGAGGGCAGCACGUAAGGCUUUGAGAUAAGACUGGUGCUUUAUUAAGAAAAUAAUUCAAUAUAAUAAGAACUUUACAAUAAUCCGCAUAUCACAGGUUGGGAAGCAGAAAGGAUUUACAGUAAAUAAAUUGACGUUCCUUCAGCAAAGAGGGAAAUCCUGGAUUCUCAGAAAUAUAACUAAAAUAAUGACUCAUUUUGA